UCAUUUAAAUACAAACUAAAAAGUAGGGGCCCUAAUAUAGAUCCCUAAGGUACCCCUGUGGAACAAUAUCUCAUAGAAGAUAUGCGUUUUAAUCCGGGUGCACUGAUUCCUUGAUGUAAGACUCAAUCCAUGAUGUUAGAAAUUUAGCCUAUGUUGUGUGGACAUUAUUACCAUUAUGACUUUUAGGAGAUGUUGGAUUUUGGUCACUAUGCCUCAUAACUAAAUGUCAGUAUUUGACAUCAAUAUGACAUUGGAUUUUGAUUACUUCACAACCUAAAAACAACAAAAUAUAAACAUCAGCUGAUGUCGGUAAUGAAUGUCAAAUUAAGGUUGGCAUUAAACUUUGAGCUGACAAUAAAUUUUGGUCACCUGACGUUGCAACUGAAAUGUAACCAAGUAUCAACGUCAUAUGAAGUUGUGUUCCUGCUGGGCUAUUACAAACUAAGCACAUUAAAAGUGAAAGCGAAACUUUUGUUUAGUGUAUGCCGAGUAUGAAAUGAAUGAAACCAGAACUGUCCAUGUAAUUCAUUAAUAAAGCUCUUAAUAUUUUAAUUUAAUGUUUGAAACAUAAAAUGCAGGAGUGUUUCUGUGAGGGUUCGGUUUAAGGGUUGGUUUUGGGUGACAGAAUUUGUGUAAUCUUGAAAAUCAAUGGAAAGUCCCAGCAAGUAUAAAAAAAGUCACGUGUGUUUUUGUAUUGGGCAGGUACUGUGCCAACGUAAAGUGGUUUCUCUUUCUCUUCUGUUCACAGCUGAUUUGAAUGUUUAAAAUGAAUGAAGUGGCAGAGCUUAUGUGAUCCUGAAGAGAGACGAGGAGCUGACGCCUAGCGCUGAAACCACAUGUGCAGGACAUGCAGAUCGCCACAGAGUCGGAUCUCAGUGACUCUAAAGAGUCAAUGGCGGAUCUGUUAGCGUCUGAGUUUACCUGUCACUGCUGCUAUGAAGUGUUUUUCGAUCCCACGACGUUGACCUGCGGACACAGUUUCUGCCGCCACUGCCUUGCAAGAUGGUGGAUGUCUGCAUUUCCUUGUGUCCGGACCGACUGCCCAGAAUGCCGAGCGACAUGGCAGGACUUUCCCAAAAUCAACAUCGUCCUCCGGGAUGCGGUGGAGAAGCUGUUUCCGGCUGACGUGAGCCGACGGAAGCAGGCCGUCCUGAGAAAUCCCGUGCUCAGCCUUGUUCUUCAUGUGUUCCAGUGGCACGGGAACAGACCGGUGCAUCAUGCAGCUCCGCAACCAGUGAACCAGAACCUACUGCUGAUCAAGCCUGAGAGAGAUUCAGGAUCGAGCUGUGACGGUGCUGAUCUGCUUGACUAUGAUGGUGUUGGUGUAUCGCGCCUUCAUUGCCAAACCCAGUCAUGAGAUGCUGCUCAGUAAACCGCUCAACACGUGGAGCGUUAAAGAUGUCACGCUGUGGGUGGAGCAUCUGGGUGUUUGGACCAAUCAGUAUAAAGAAACAUUCCGUCGUGAGCAGAUUGAUGGCAGAUCACUGUCUGCUCUCAGCAAUGAAGAUCUGUCUGCGGCUCCAUUCAUGAUUGAGAAUUGGUCUCACAGACGAUUUAUUUUGGAGGAGCUGCACAGACUCAAAAAGACCAGAGUCACACGGCCACAGACAUUCUGGGAAUACAAGGAUGUGAAUCCAGGGAUGACUCUGUUUCUGCUGGUCAGUCUGAGGAACUUUCCACGUCUGACGCUGCUCUACCUCUACCUGUUUGAUUACAAUGACGCCUUUCUUCCCUUCAUUCAAACCGUCUGUCAGUCCAAGAAGCCACUGCAGGAUUGGCAACAGUGGGUGGAGUUUCUGCUGUUAUACUUCCUGUUGCCCUAUCAACUGCUGUCUGUGUUCUCCUGGCACUCACUGGGCGUUGAUUACUGGACAGCAGGCGUCGUCACCUUUCACACAGCAUUACUGAUGAUGGUGGACGUCUGUUUCUACUGGACACUGUGUGGGGGAGAGAUAAGUGAUUUCAGGACACUCCCAAAGAUGUUUUGGCUUCAGGUGACAGAAGUGGUGUUAAACUCAUCUCUGUAUGUGCUGCUGUGGCCGUUGCUCCCUCUGUUCAUCAUAAACAUUGAGAUCUACAGCCGGCUGUACUUCAGCUACUUCAUCACUGCAGCGCUGGUGAAAAAAACACUGCAGACAGUGAGAUUGCUGAGGCCCUGACACACUCAUUCAUAUCCAAAUCAAAAGUGUAUACAUUUGAUCAGAUCAUUCCCUGGAGAUCAAACCCAUGUUGCUGGCACUUCUAGAGCCAUGAUCUACUGAUACAAUCACCUUUCUGCCUUCAUGUUGUAUUCAGUUCUAUAGUAUUGUCAGUCAGUGGUUCCUGGAGCCCCACCUACACUGCAUAUUUUGUAUCUCUCCUUUGUCUCACACACCCAUUUAAGGUCUUGGUGUCUCUACUAAUGAGAUGAUGAUCUGAAUCAGGUGCAUUUGAUUUAAGGAGACAUGGAAAAUACUUCACUUCCUGUUUCCUGAGAUACCUUCAUCUGAUCGAUUUUUGAAGGCAGCAUAGAUGUAUCCUUCCCUUCCUUUGGUAUCCCACAAUCCUGUGCGCUCCAUUCUGUGACAGUUGAGCUAAAAAAUAAGGAUGGCAUCCAAAAUUUUCUUUUGCUGGUCAGUUUGUGUGUAAACAUUUUCCACUUUUGAUGUCAUUUCUAGUGAAAAAUUACUACUGUAGUUAUUAAAUAUUUGUUUAGUUCUCACCAAAGUUUGCACUAUUAUUAAACUGUUACACUACCUCAGAUGUCUGUCUGAAAUCAGUUUUGUGAGAUGCCUUCAUGCACAAAUGCUGCCUUACAAGUCAUUGCCUGAUUAAGGCAUCGAGGCAACAAGUCAGUUGCCUAGGUUUUCGGAUGCAGCCAUGCAGUGUUGGGGGGCCUCCAAGAAUAUGGUUGGGAACCCCUGUUGCAAGUAAUUCAGACAAUUCAUUGCAAUUCAACCAGUAGCACAUCUCCAUUUUUUUAAUUAUUUGAUUUCAUUAAUUUCAUAAUCUGACAGGGAAUGAUAGAAGAAAAUAAUAUAUAAAAAUGUUUUAAAUAUUUUUAUAGUAAUAAAAAGAGAGAGUUGGUUGUUGUGCUGUUCUUUUUAAAUAUCAGAAAGAUUUUUGUUUAAUGGAGGGCUUGGUUCAUCAGGCCAAAAAAAAAAAAAAAGACUAAUAACUACAACUAUUAAUUUUCUUUUCAUUACAAAAAUGUCAUUAAAAUGUCUUAAAAUGCCUAAUUCAGGUGAAAACAAUAAUUUUAUCUGUUAAGCAGUGUCUAUAUAUUUAUUUGAGUCUUUUAAAAUUUCCUAGUGUUUGAAAUGUUAUAAAUCACAUGAAUUAAUCACUUAUUCGCGAAGGUUCCAAUUUAAAACUUCUCACAGACUUGAAAAACACAAAGCGGUUUGUUUAAUCUUUUACGGAAAUAGUAAAAAAAAAAAAAAAAAAAAAGUAGAUCAUACUAAAUCUAAAUCAAGGUGUCACGGAGUCACAGACCUCAUGCAGAGCACCUCGGACACAGGCUUGGAUCGUACUGUGGACCCGUUCGCCACAUUGGUCAAUGCAGUACGAUCCUCCAACACCCAGCACCUGCUGCUGCUUCUCCAGCUGCCUCUGCCAGUCCCAUGGUUUCUUCUACAAUGCUCCCUCUAUCUAGAAGUGCAGUCUCAACUAUUCCAUUCCGAAUGAGCCUGGGUGGCUUUUGUCAUCUCACUGCUCGCUGGAUGAGCACUACAAUGGGCACAACCUCUCUUGGAAUCCCACAAUCCAGUUACAGCAUCUAUUAACUCCUUCCUCCUUCUUCAGAGUUUCCCAUACUUGAUCAACUAUUUGUAACGUCUGGAUAGAUCCAGCAAAGUCAAUCAACUUUGGAAUUUUCAGAAAGCUUUUAGCCUGCUGAACUGUGUUUGUAAAUCACGGAUCGGCACUGACCGGUCCAGAAAAAACAGACACUCUGACACUUUUGUUACUCUGUCAGAAGAAAAACAGUACUGCACAUCGACUUGAACCAAUAUGCAAGUAUUAAUUUCUUAAAAUUCGUUUAAACUGAUUUCUGUGCUGGCUUUCAAAGGGUUAACUGUUGUUAUUUGCCAUUCUUUGACCAUCUCUCUUUUCCUGUCUUCCGCUCUUGUAUAUAUG